AAACCCGAAUAGUACCCGCCACACCCCGUAAAACCCUAGCGCAGCCGCCCCCGCUCCCGGCCCAGACGCGCUAGCCAUGGCGACCGAAGCAGCCGCCGCCGCCGCCACCCCCGCCCCCGCCGUGUCCCUCGACGAAACCAAGGCCAAAAACGUCCUCCGCCAGGUGGAGUUCUACUUCAGCGACAGCAACCUCCCGCGCGACGGGUUCCUGCGGAAGACCGUCGAGGAGAGCGAGGAUGGAUUGGUCAGCCUGGCUCUCAUCUGCUCCUUCGCGAAGAUGAGGUCGCACCUUGGCUUAGACGCCACGGUGAAAGAGGACAGCGUGCCUGAGACCACGGUGCUCGCCGUCGCCAAGGUGCUGCGGUGUUCCGCGGCCCUCCGCGUCUCUGAGGACGGGAAGAGAGUCGGUAGAGCUAGUGAGUUGUUGAAGCCAGAUGAGAUUAUAGAGCAAAUCGACUCUAGGUCGAUCGCUGCGUCACCACUUCCUUACAACGUAAAGCUGGAAGACGUUCAGUCUUUCUUUGCUCAGCAUGGCAAGGUGAACAGCGUAAGGCUACCAAAACAUGUUUCGGAUAAGAGACACUUCUGCGGCACAGCUUUAGUUGAAUUCUCAGAAGAAGAGGAAGCAAACAGUGUUUUGGAGAAGAAACUUAGUUUUGCAGGAGCUGAUCUGGAAAUUAAACCAAAGAAGGAGUUUGAUACUGAAAGAGAGGCUAAGCAAGAAGCUUAUGAAAAAUCAAACACUAAUAAGCCUGGACGUGACGAAGGAUAUCCAAAAGGUUUGAUUCUGGCUUUCAAGCUAAAGAGUAUUCGUGCUGAUGGUGACUCGGAACAAAAUGGUGGGGACAAAGUUGAUGAGACUGACAUUGCCAAGAAGGAAGAGGCUUCCAGUCCUGCCAAGGAAUCGGUGAUAGGUGAUGAAGAGAAGGUCCCUGAGAAUGCUGAUGCCACUGAAGAGAAGUCAGAUGACGUUGAGGAGUCGAAAGCCGCAGAUGCACAAUCUCUGAACAAGGAUGGUAAAAGCCCUUCGGAAAAUGACAAGGAAAUAAUUACAAGGGAGGACUUCAAAGAAUAUUUCGCAAAAUUUGGCACAGUGCGGUACGUGGAUUUCAGUAAGGGGGAUGAUUCAGGAUAUCUUAGGUUUGAGGAAUCGAAGGCAGCUGAAAAGGCCCGUGCAUUGGCAGCUCUUUCGGAUGAAGGCGGUUUGAUUAUGAAGGGCCACCUUGUUACUUUGGAACCCGUGUCUGGACAAGCUGAGAAGGAUUAUUGGAGUGAAAUAAAGGGAGGCCAAGGGAAAUAUAAAGAAAACAAUAGAAGUAACAGGGGAGGAAGGGACUGGAAGAAUAACAGAGGUGGUGGUGGAAGGCACUUCGGUGGUGGGAGGCGGGGUCGCCACUCCGACUCUUACGAAAGGGCUAGUAAAGUUCAAAAGGUUGAUGCAUCUGCUUAGAUGCUGGAUGUGCCUGUAGUACCACCAUUAGCUCUAGCGGGGAAAAGAAAGGCAUAUACCUAUGAUAUAUGUCUGCUGCCUCCACAGCUUUGGAGGCAGCCUUUCUAUGUCUGUUUUAAUUUUGUUUGUGCUUUGAAAGUUUGAACGAUGUAUCGUGAGCAAUGUUGACAAUGAGAAGAAGAGAAAGAAAACUUUAUGCGGCUA